UUGACAGGCGAUUCUGCUAACCUCGUCCCUGCCUCGAUGAUCUAUUGGCUGGGAGCUCCCUGUAGCCCGCUGAUAGAGGCGCUUCAUUGGCGGGGCUCACUCUCGCACGCAUUGAUCUGCAGUGACCCGGCGGAGGCAGGGCGUUGUGUUAGGAUCGCUGUCAGUGCUGUUAACCAAUCGGAUUGCGCCCUCGUCCCUGCCUCGAUGAUCUAUUGGCUGGGAGCUCCCUGUAGCCCGCUGAUAGAGGCGCUUCAUUGGCGGGGCUCACUCUCGCACGCAUUGAUCUGCAGUGACCCGGCGGAGGCAGGGCGUUGUGUUAGGAUCGCUGUCAGUGCUGUUAACCAAUCGGAUUGCGCCCUCGUCCCUGCCUCGAUGAUCUAUUGGCUGGGAGCUCCCUGUAGCCCGCUGAUAGAGGCGCUUCAUUGGCGGGGCUCACUCUCGCACGCAUUGAUCUGCAGUGACCCGGCGGAGGCAGGGCGUUGUGUUAGGAUCGCUGUCAGUGCUGUUAACCAAUCGGAUUGCGCCCUCGUCCCUGCCUCGAUGAUCUAUUGGCUGGGAGCUCCCUGUAGCCCGCUGAUAGAGGCGCUUCAUUGGCGGGGCUCACUCUCGCACGCAUUGAUCUGCAGUGACCCGGCGGAGGCAGGGCGUUGUGUUAGGAUCGCUGUCAGUGCUGUUAACCAAUCGGAUUGCGCCCUCGUCCCUGCCUCGAUGAUCUAUUGGCUGGGAGCUCCCUGUAGCCCGCUGAUAGAGGCGCUUCAUUGGCGGGGCUCACUCUCGCACGCAUUGAUCUGCAGUGACCCGGCGGAGGCAGGGCGUUGUGUUAGGAUCGCUGUCAGUGCUGUUAACCAAUCGGAUUGCGCCCUCGUCCCUGCCUCGAUGAUCUAUUGGCUGGGAGCUCCCUGUAGCCCGCUGAUAGAGGCGCUUCAUUGGCGGGGCUCACUCUCGCACGCAUUGAUCUGCAGUGACCCGGCGGAGGCAGGGCGUUGUGUUAGGAUCGCUGUCAGUGCUGUUAACCAAUCGGAUUGCGCCCUCGUCCCUGCCUCGAUGAUCUAUUGGCUGGGAGCUCCCUGUAGCCCGCUGAUAGAGGCGCUUCAUUGGCGGGGCUCACUCUCGCACGCAUUGAUCUGCAGUGACCCGGCGGAGGCAGGGCGUUGUGUUAGGAUCGCUGUCAGUGCUGUUAACCAAUCGGAUUGCGCCCUCGUCCCUGCCUCGAUGAUCUAUUGGCUGGGAGCUCCCUGUAGCCCGCUGAUAGAGGCGCUUCAUUGGCGGGGCUCACUCUCGCACGCAUUGAUCUGCAGUGACCCGGCGGAGGCAGGGCGUUGUGUUAGGAUCGCUGUCAGUGCUGUUAACCAAUCGGAUUGCGCCCUCGUCCCUGCCUCGAUGAUCUAUUGGCUGGGAGCUCCCUGUAGCCCGCUGAUAGAGGCGCUUCAUUGGCGGGGCUCACUCUCGCACGCAUUGAUCUGCAGUGACCCGGCGGAGGCAGGGCGUUGUGUUAGGAUCGCUGUCAGUGCUGUUAACCAAUCGGAUUGCGCCCUCGUCCCUGCCUCGAUGAUCUAUUGGCUGGGAGCUCCCUGUAGCCCGCUGAUAGAGGCGCUUCAUUGGCGGGGCUCACUCUCGCACGCAUUGAUCUGCAGUGACCCGGCGGAGGCAGGGCGUUGUGUUAGGAUCGCUGUCAGUGCUGUUAACCAAUCGGAUUGCGCCCUCGUCCCUGCCUCGAUGAUCUAUUGGCUGGGAGCUCCCUGUAGCCCGCUGAUAGAGGCGCUUCAUUGGCGGGGCUCACUCUCGCACGCAUUGAUCUGCAGUGACCCGGCGGAGGCAGGGCGUUGUGUUAGGAUCGCUGUCAGUGCUGUUAACCAAUCGGAUUGCGCCCUCGUCCCUGCCUCGAUGAUCUAUUGGCUGGGAGCUCCCUGUAGCCCGCUGAUAGAGGCGCUUCAUUGGCGGGGCUCACUCUCGCACGCAUUGAUCUGCAGUGACCCGGCGGAGGCAGGGCGUUGUGUUAGGAUCGCUGUCAGUGCUGUUAACCAAUCGGAUUGCGCCCUCGUCCCUGCCUCGAUGAUCUAUUGGCUGGGAGCUCCCUGUAGCCCGCUGAUAGAGGCGCUUCAUUGGCGGGGCUCACUCUCGCACGCAUUGAUCUGCAGUGACCCGGCGGAGGCAGGGCGUUGUGUUAGGAUCGCUGUCAGUGCUGUUAACCAAUCGGAUUGCGCCCUCGUCCCUGCCUCGAUGAUCUAUUGGCUGGGAGCUCCCUGUAGCCCGCUGAUAGAGGCGCUUCAUUGGCGGGGCUCACUCUCGCACGCAUUGAUCUGCAGUGACCCGGCGGAGGCAGGGCGUUGUGUUAGGAUCGCUGCCAGUGAUGUCGGUGUUGGGGUGAAGGCUGCAGUCGCCUGUUUUGCCAGGAUCUCGCCUCUGCGAUUCUGCCGUCCGCAGCAGCAGUGCCUGUUAAGCAGGACUCUGUGUUCCUAUAAGCAUGGCUUAUUGACAGCACCUUCUGGGAUAGUCCGGUGGAGCAGCUCAUCCACCCUGCAAGAAGAGUGCAGCCCAGACCAGAUACACCUCAGCAAGGCAUGCGUGAAGAGGCUGCGUGAAAUAUGUGACACGGGAGAAUUCCUCCGAGUGCAGGUGGAAGGUGGAGGCUGCUCAGGGUUUCAGUAUAAGUAUUCUGUGGACACCAUUAAAAACGAAGAUGACAGGGUGUUUGAGCAGGACGGGGUGGGAGUCGUCGUUGACCGGGACAGUCUGGAGUUCAUAAAAGGGGGGACUCUGGAUUUCAGCCAGGAAUUGAUCCGCUCUGCCUUCCAGAUCGUCGCCAACCCGCAGGCUGAGCAGGGCUGUUCCUGCGGCUCCUCCUUCUCUGUCAAACUCUGAGCAGGAGCGCUUCAAGCGUCCCUGCUCCUUCUAGACACUGUUGCCAUCCACACGUGCUCAUAACUUGCUGGCUGUAGUUAAGAAAAGGCUAGGCUGUUAUCUGUACUGCUUCCAAGGGCUGGCGGUCAUCACUUUGUCAGUUUAAUUUCAGGAGGUUACCUGGCUGUGCCAAACACUGACACAUGAAAAAUAAAUUGAACUGUCGGCCACAGGUUCAAGGAAGCUCUUUCAAUUCUUUGGGUUUGAACUUCAGUAUUUAAAUUCACAUCAGAGUAUACUGAAGUCCAUUUUAUGCCUACCCGAUGUCCAAUAUUUUAUUGUUUGCAAAAAUAUAUUCUUAAAUGCAAACUUGCAGUGGCAACAAAAUAGCCAAGAGAAACCAGCUGGGUUUCAGCAGUAAAUACUGGACACGAGUGGCUCCAACUGAUAGAAUGCAAAUAAUGGUGCAUUGUGAAGUAGCCCAUAGUGAGCGGUGAAGAGGGCUCCCCUUUGAUUCUCAAAGUUUGCAUGGCUGGUUUGCGUUUCACAGCCCCCGAUUGGCACUAGGCUUGGAUUACCUUGCCUAAGGUAACUAGCUAGUUCAAGGUGUUUUGCUAACCAGGGAUUGUGAACCCAGCUUGUUUAAUAUCAGCCCGGUAGCUGAGGUAGGGAGUGUGUGUCAGAGGAAGGGGUUUUAUGGGACUGUACAGAUUGGGGUCUUUUGAACACAGCUGUCUCUUGGAGUGCCAGCAUUAUUAUAACACACUGUUGACACAUUAAAGCCAUUUGCUCAAUUAAAUUUAAUUUAAACGUUUUGUUACUUACUAAUGUUUAAGUUGUUCUCUGUCUGCAGCUGCAUUUUAAGUCUUGUAUCAGAAUCCAAACUACAAAAAUCAAGAUCUUGUUUCAAUGAGAUGGACAGGUCACUUCAGGAAUUUAAAGCAGAACUGCUACUGUUGACUAACUAUACAAUACAUUAUACAUUUUGUUCUGUAGAAUGUGAAAACAGGAAUUUUUGAAAAAUAAAGGCGUGUAUUGGAUGGUUUUGGUUGUUUGAGUUAU